AUGCCGCGCCUGCCGCCCUCUUUGCUCACCACGGUGGCUCGGGAAAGUCCCUUGCUGUCGAUGCUACUCAAGGAGUGCCGCACCCUCGAAUCCGCCCGCAAUGAGCUGCGCUGGUUACGGGAGCGCGCCCUCCGCGAUGGCCCGGCUCCCGGAUGGGCCACGCGGCUGAGGUCCAUGUGUCGGGCGCGAUCGAGAGGAUUCCCCCUGCAGUAUAUUCUCGGCGACCAGCCCUUCGGCGACUUGGAAAUCUUGUGCAAACGGGGCGUGUUGAUCCCUAGGUCUGCCUACCCCUCACCCGCAGUGUCACCUGUCUAA